CCGGGUCGCGCCCCGCGCCCUUGAGCUGUCUCCCCUCCCUCCCUCCCUCCCUCCGAGCAGAGAGAGAGAGAGGGAGGGGGCAAGAUGGCGGCGCUGGUGCUGCUGUGGCGGACGGGCCUGGGGGGCAGGCCCCGAGCAGGCGUUCUCCUGAAUAAGGCUUUCUUAGCCAGACCAGCCAUUGCCUGCACUGUCACUGAGGAACACCGUCCCCUGGCCUGCAGAAUCCACACAUCCCCCAGGAGCUCAGUUGUAGGGAGCCUAACGUUGAACCAGAAAAAGCAAGUCACCUUCAGCUGCCGGAAAGGGUUAGAAUGCCUCGCGCCAUUAUUUUCCAGUGUGGAAGAGACACUUCAGCCGAUCCCGACGAAGAUCGAAGGGCAUAUCCCCAGCUGGCUCAAGGGCAAAUUGCUGAGAAAUGGGCCAGGGAAGUUUGAGUUUGGAAAAGACAAGUUUAACCACUGGUUUGAUGGCAUGGCCUUGCUGCACCAGUUUGAGAUCGAGAAUGGGGUUGUGAAGUACAGAAGCAAGUUCCUAAGAAGCGACUCCUACAUGGCUAACAGCCAGAACAACAGGAUCAUGGUCUCUGAGUUUGGAACCCUGGCCAUGCCGGACCCUUGCAAGAGCAUUUUUGAACGCUUCCUGUCAAGGUUCGAAAUGGCAAAAUCAACGGACAAUUGCAACGUGAACUACGUGGUCUACAAAGGGGACUAUUAUGUCAGCACAGAGACCAACUUAAUGCACAAGGUGGAUCUGGAAACACUUGAAACAACGAAGGUGAACUGGAGAAAGUAUAUUGCAGUGAAUGGAGCAACUGCCCACCCCCAUUAUGAGCCUGAUGGGACAGCAUACAACAUGGGCAACUCGUAUGGGAAACAUGGCUCCAACUACAACAUCAUUAAGAUCCCCCCGCAGGGGUCCGGCUCCCAUGACAGCAGCCUGCAGGGUGCAAAAGUCCUGUGCACCAUUGAACCAGAGGAUAAGAUGAAACCCUCCUAUUACCACAGCUUUGGAAUGAGUGGGAACUACGUGAUCUUUAUUGAGCAGCCCCUCAUAAUGAACCUGUGGAAGUUUAUCACAGCCAAGGCGCUUGGGAAGUCCUUCGUGGAUGGAAUCAGCUGGGAGCCGCAGCGCAAGAGUCGCUUCCAUGUCGUGGACAAACUCACUGGGCAGGUGCUGCCUACACAGUACUAUACGGAUCCCUUCUUCUCUUUCCAUCAAAUCAACGCCUUUGAAGAUCAAGGCUGCAUUGUCCUCGAUCUCUGCUGCCAAGACGAUGGAAGCGCCGUUCAUAUUUACCGGCUGCAGAACCUCCACAAGGCAGGGGAAGCCCUGGACCAGGCCUAUAACAUGCUCUCAAGGCCAUAUCCACGGCGCUUUGUUCUGCCCCUGAGUGUGGAUUCCAGCACCCCGGUGGGACAGAACCUCAGCCCCUUGUCCUACACGUCAGCAAGAGCCAUGAAAGAGGCCGACGGGAAGGUCUGGUGCACAUAUGACAGUCUACAUGAUGAGAGCCUGGAGGAAGCAGGAGGGGUGGAAUUCCCCCAGAUUAAUUAUGCACGGUGCAAUACGAAGAAGUACCGUUUUUUCUAUGGCUGUGGCUUUGGGCAUAUGGUUGGGGACUCGUUAGUCAAGAUUGACACAAAGACCAAGGAAAUGAAGAUUUGGAAAGAGGAUGGGAUGUAUCCUUCCGAGCCGGUGUUUGUGCCAGAGCCUAAUGCUGCUGCCGAAGACAGUGGAGUUAUUCUGUCGGUGGUGCUCACACCCAAGCAGAAUCAAGGCACUUUCCUGCUCAUCCUGGAUGCUAAGAAUUUCACUGAACUGGGCCGAGCAGAAGUCCCUGUGCAGUUCCCCUACGGCUUCCAUGGCAUCUUUGUCCCAGGUUAACAGUAACGUUCCAUCAGUGAUGGCCACACACCAGAAUGGAGGAAUCUGCUCCAUGACACUGCACCUCAAAUGCCCCUUUUGUAGCCUUGGGCAAGCCACUUAAUCUUAACGUGCCUUGGCUCCCCUGCCUAUCCAAUAAGGUUUGGAGAACUGCCCUAAUUCACAGAGGGGUUUAGAGGGGAAAUAUGUUCAUGUCUGUGAUAGGUAUUGCUAAUGGAGGGUAGAUAAAUAUUCUCCAUAUAAAUAAGUAUUUUUAAAAGACAGUCAUGGAACACAAGGUUUAAAUUUAGCUAUUCUGGCCAUUUUAAUCUUGAGCUUUUAUUUUUGUAUUAACUGUCUGUAUAAUGAUUUAAUUAUGCACAUCUGCUUAAAGCCCUUUUGGCAUUUGCUGCAUUUUAAAGGAAUCUUUACAAUAGCAAUAAACAUGGUUUAAAAUA